GGGUUAAUGGUGUAAUUUCCUGGUUGGGUGCAAAGGGUGUGCGACUGUCAAGAGGAAGCUGUGAGUGAGCCCUCAUCCUUUUCAAAACCUCAGUCUAUUAAAUCACCUUUCAUAUCACAGCGGGUGAAUGAGAGGCGGAUACUCCGCAUGAAAGACGCCACGGUUCCGAUGCGCCUUUAAUAUUGCGUAAUGCACACAGCCGGUUGAUAUUUCACAGCUCGCGGCGGCCUGAUGGAGGCGAAGACCGCGGAUCUAAAAACACCUUAGGACUGCAGAUUGGACGCGGAAGGGGUCGGAUUUUAUCCAGACGACUACAUUUAAUCGUGCGUUGGUGAUGAAAAUGUCAAGGCAUUUGUAUGGCACAGGCGCAGAUGUUGGUUUUUGCGCCGGCGAUUGUUUGAUUUAGCGCGUGCGCUUAAACAAAACAACUUGACAGUCGAUCUUCACUGCGGUGUUUUAUGAUUGUGAUGGUCUAUUAAACGCAGUUAGGGGUUAUUGUCGUGUAAAAAGAGUAAAACGAGAAGAUGGCAGGCCCCGAUCAUCCACAACAGCAGCAGCAGCAGGUUGAAGAGAAAGCCGAACAGAUAGAUGACGCCGAAUUGGCGUUUCAAGGCAUCAAUAUGCUGCUCAACAAUGGCUUCAAAGAAAGCGACGAGCUCUUUAAGAGAUACAGGACCCAUAGUCCAUUAAUGAGCUUUGGGGCCAGUUUCGUCAGCUUCUUGAAUGCCAUGAUGACGUUCGAGGAAGAGAAAAUGCAGAUGGCCAGCGAUGAUCUGAGGACCACUGAAAAACUAUGCGAGAGUGACAAUGCCGGCGUCAUCGAGACGAUUCGAAACAAAAUCAAGAAGAGUAUGGACUCUCAGCGGUCAGGGGUGGAGGUUGUGGAUCGACUUCAGAGGCAGAUCAUCGUGGCGGACUGCCAGGUCUAUCUUGCCGUACUGUCCUUCGUCAAACAGGAGCUGUCUGCGUACAUCAAAGGAGGCUGGAUCCUCCGUAAGGCCUGGAAAAUGUACAACAAAUGCUACAGCGACAUCAGUCAGCUGCAAGAGGCCUGCCGUAGACGAUCCUCCGACCAGGAGGGGGCGAUGGCCUCCGAUCAGGCCAACCACAACGCGUCCCCUACGGAGAGCAGCGGCAGGGUAACUGAAGAGGUUUUGGACCGUCUGAAGGGUUCGGUGAGCUUCGGUUAUGGGCUCUUUCACCUUUGUAUUUCAAUGGUACCGCCACACCUGCUCAAGAUCGUCAACCUGUUGGGUUUCCCUGGUGACCGUCACCAAGGUCUUGCCUCCUUGGCAUAUGCCAGUGAAAGCAGGGAUAUGAAAGCGCCACUUGCCACUUUGGCCCUGUUGUGGUACCACACCGUGGUCCAGCCUUUCUUUGCACUGGACGGCUCAGACUCUCGUGCUGGGCUCCAGGAGGCCAAAGCCAUCCUGCAGAAGAAAGCAAUGGUUUACCCAAACUCUUCCCUCUUCAUCUUCUUUAGAGGACGAGUGCAGAGAUUAGAGUGCCAAAUCAACAGUGCAUUGGCGUCAUUCCAGGAUGCUUUGGAAUUCGCCUCAGACCAAAGAGAGAUUCAGCAUGUGUGCUUGUACGAAAUCGGUUGGUGCAGCAUGAUCGAGAUGAGCUUCGAAGAUGCUUACAGGUCGUUCGAAAGACUGAAAAACGAAUCCCGAUGGUCACAGUGUUAUUACGCUUACCUCACUGGAGUAUGUCAGGGGGCUUCUGGUGAUCUUGAAGGAGCCAAAGCUGUCUUUCGAGACGUCCAGAAGUUGUUUAAACGCAAGAACAAUCAGAUCGAGCAGUUUGCACUGAAAAGAGCAGAAAAAUUGAGAAAGGUCCCCCUCACACGAGAGCUGUGCAUUUUGGGUGUUGUGGAGGUGCUGUACUUAUGGAAAGCUCUUCCAAACUGUUCUUCCUCCAAACUCCAGCUUAUGAACCAAGUGCUACAAGGACUGGAUGACCAGUCAAGUCUUGGUCUGAAACAUCUGCUGCUUGGUGCUAUUCAAAAAUGUCUCGGAAAUAUUAAAGAUGCUGUUCAGUCGUUCCAGCUGGCGGCACAUGAUGAGUACGGUCGUCUGAACAAUAGCUACGUUCAGCCUUAUUCCUGCUAUGAGCUGGGCUGUGUGUUACUGGCUAAGCCUGAGACUCUGAGUAAAGGAAGGUCAUUACUGCUCCAGGCCAAGGAAAACUACACCGGGUACGACUUUGAGAACAGACUGCACGUGCGUAUCCACUCUGCCCUCGCCUCCAUAAAGGAAGUGGUCCCCCACUGACCCCGUCCCAACCAAAAAAGUGCACCUUGACCACUCCUGCCCAGCACUUUUAAAACAAAAAAGCCAUUCGGAGUAGUGUGCUUUUCUGGAAGGAAAAACAAAAGUUAUCUGACUUCAGAGGAUCAACUUUACAUUUUUCUUUUCAACUUGGUGUAGUAUCAAAACUGGUUCACAAAUAAUUGUCCAUGUAGCUGUUGGUCUCAAUCAUCUCUUUUUUUUUUUGCAUUCACAUAUACACUCACUUUCCAUUUUGGAUGCAUAGCGUUAUGCGUGUUGGAAAAUCUGGACGGACAGGAACUCAAAUCUCACAAUGAAUCAAGUAGAUCCUUUACUAUAGCUUGCCCUACAUUACUAAGUACAUUAGCAUGGACUAGACUUUAACAUUAGAGCAUUUACACAAAAAUAUCUUGCUUAACCAUUUAUCUUAAUGAGAUAUUAUCUAAAGUUAUACAUGUGCCAGAUCAUGAUCGUAUUUACCACGGCAAUGUCUAGUGUAGUGGUCGACCGAUAAUAGAUUUUAUCCAGUAUACGGGAAGCACGUUGAUCAAUAUAUUACAAUUUAUGAUAGCAAAUAAGAAACUAUAUUAGAUUAACACUUUUUACUAAUUUGUAUUCAGAUUCACGUAAAACACUGUCAGUUGGUCAAUCGGUGCCACAGAUAUUCUUAAAUAUCAGUCUAUCUCUUGACUAGUCAAGGAAUAUUGCAGUCAUUGCAUCGAAACUUUUGAUUGUAUGUAUGUAUUAAUUACGUACUGUAUGUUGCUAUGACCAUAUAACACUACACCACAUAUAUUUUUUUGUAAUUCUCAAUGCUAAUAUUUUAACAUGUAUAAUAUAUCAGUAACAGUCAUUGGAAAACAUGCCAUUACCCUAAACGUUGUAUGUUAAGUUAGCAUUAACUUUGCUAUACCUUUUCUUAUAAUGUCCUCUGCUUGUCAGCAACUUGUGACAACAGGAUAUAUUUUCUGAAGAGAGAAACCAUGCACAACUACCUACCAGUUUUCCUCUAGGUCAGAGGAACUCAUUUGAUUUAGUUAAAUUUUUUCUUGUUUUUAACAAGUAUCUUGUAUUUGUUUUGUGCCAGAUGUUCUGUAACAAUGUUGUCGGCCUAAGUUUUUUAUUUGUAGCGCAUCAGUAUCACCUUUUGAUAAUUUUGCCUCUGAAUAACUUGAACUUGUUUUAGCUGGUGUAUAUAUUGUGAAAUUGUUGUGAAACUUGAACUUCCUUAUUUUCUCGGUCCCUUAGAUGUCAAAUAUCUGCCCGUUCAGGGCUUCAUUAACUUAUACAGUAAUUCUCUAUUAACAAGACCCUUUAGGCUCUCAGUAACAUCUGCCAAGUCAAGAGGCUUGAUUUAAAUACUUAAAACUUGUUUUCACUGUGAAACAUGUUAAUAUAUUGGAUGUUCAGGGUAUGAAAACCUUGUGAGGACAAUACAAUUAGGACUUGAAUAAUAAAAUGACUAAACUUACA